AUGUUGUUGUUUCCCCCAGAUGCAGAAAAUGGCUAUGCUGUGCUACCUCCUCUUUUCAAAGUGCUGACUGGCCACAGUCACCAGGAAGGGAAUGAUGGUGCCCCAAGCCCACAACCGGACUCCAGAGCUCUGAGCUACAUGAAGAGGCUAUAUAAAACAUUUGCAACCAAGGAAGGGAUCCCAAAGGCUAACAGAAGUCGUCUCUACAAUACAGUCCGGCUCUUCACUCCACACGCUGAGUGCAAGCACCCUACUGAAGGACAAGUGAAAGGAGACCUUCGCUCAGUGGAUCUUUUUUUCAACUUAGAUUGUGUUACUGCUUUGGAGCACUUAUUCAAGUCAGUCUUGCUUUACUCAUUGGAUAAGUCAGUUUCUAAAUCAUCAGCCAUUACAUGCACAUGCAAUCUAGUUGUUAAGGAACAUGAUUCCUCCAAUCAAGUGUGCUCCAGCAUUCCACAUACAAUAACUGUUGAACUCAGACGGAGGUGGGUUGAGAUUGACGUGACCACCUUUUUACAGCCUCUGAUAGCCUCAAACAAGAGAAGCAUUCAUAUAGCUGUGAAUUUCACUUGCCUGAAAGAUAAUGAGCCCCUUGAUUCUAAAUGGGAUUUCUUUAAUAUGGCUUUGGUAUCACCUUCUCUUCUUCUGUAUCUCAAUGACACCAGUGAGCAAGCUUACCAUAGGAGGGAUAUGAAUCCUAUAUGGUCUGGGUUGAAAAACAGUCCUCUCAUGGGUCUCAGUGAAGAGACAGGGAAAGAACCCACGCAGGAUGAAAGAGCAUCUCGUCAUCGAAGAGAUGAAGAUGGGAAAGUGGAACAUACAUCUGUUCCACCGUAUAAUUUAAGUCACUUCUACCAACAGUUUCUCUUCCCCCAAAAUGAGUGUGAGCUUCAAAACUUUUGGUUGAAGUUUAGCCAGCUGAAAUGGGACCGAUGGAUAAUUGCACCACAUGGAUACAAUCCUCACUAUUGCAAGGGCAAAUGCCCAAGAGUGGUUGGGCAUCGCUAUGGCUCUCCUGUCCACACAAUGGUCCAGAAUAUCAUAUAUGAAAAGCUGGAUUCCUCUGUCCCCAGACCACCCUGA